AUCUGUGUUGAGGAUAGACUAUAGGCGUCGCUAAUAUGAACUUAUAAAUCCAUUUACAUAUAUUUCGUUCUCUUUGGUGCGUGCGAAGGAGUUGCGAUCUGCUACAAGAUUAAUAUUUUUACAAGGAUUAGCUUGUGAUAAGAUGUUUUAUGUUGAUUCCGACACAUUAUAUGCAUUAUUAUUAUUAGGCACAAUUUUGGAAUAUGUGUUAGGAUAAAAUCCACACGUAAGACAUUAUGAUUUUAGUGGUGUAAAUGUCCUUUGUUAAACAGGUGUACGUUAAGAUAUUCUGCUGGAUUCAGCAAGUGCGGUGUUUGUCUUUGUUUAAUGCGAGAUUUUAAAUUUGAUAAAAUACAUUUAUGUUUUUAUAAAUGGAAAGUAGUAGGGGCAGUUCGAAGUCUCGAGAACAAGGGUGACAAUUAUUGCUUUAUUCCAAUUUUUUAAUACAUGCUAUAAACAAGCAGAAAAGUGUUUAAAUGGUAAACGUGCAUCAGUAAUGUUUUGUUGAGAGUCAUAAUAAAUCGUUUCGUGAAGAAGGGCCUUUUAAUGAAACCGGCAUUUGUUUAGUCUUUUGAAAUAGUACAACAUGAAUAAUAAAAUAACCAAUAAAAACCUUUUCUCAGCCAUGUCUCGCCGUAGAGUUGCCUGCCCUCAGAUCACACAGCAUCUUUGGGAUGCCAUCAAGAUAAUACGCAGUCAGCGACAGGUACCCAAUGCGACCCGAAUCACACGGUACAUGUCUCGUGUGCAUGGAGCCAAAGAAGAUGAGGUGCGGCGCCAGUUGAACCAUUGUGUUCGAGAUGGCUUGGUGCGGCUUAUCAAGAGGAUGGGAUUUAAGGGCUCAAAAAUAGGUGUUGAGCAAGAGGGCUACCGGCUACCACAAAACAUGUUGGUGAAGGAUGGCCAUGACUGGUACUGUUUUGAGUGCCAUGCAGGUGGUGAUGUGAUCUGCUGUACCAGUUGUUAUCGUGUGUACCAUGUGUCAUGUCUCGCUAAGGAAGAAGUGCUUCAAGAAGAUGUCAAAAACACGUUUAUUUGUCCAGUGUGCAAGAUGCAAGAGGCACAGAAAGAUUCCAAGAUGAAACCGAAGCGUCGACAGUUGAAUCAUCUGUUAGGAUUUACGUGCAUUCGUCUCAAAGAGAGGCUUCCUGCAACUAUAACAGACCGCCAGGUUCCAAGCAAGAACUCCUACAUAUCUGACCGUUCAGGGGCACUGAGUCAGCUGGCACAUCAGAGGAGAGCUAGCAGUAGUUCAAUUGGAAAUGACCAGCCAGGUGGCCUCAAGUGGGUGACGGAUGAUGCUGAUCUGUGGCGUGUGGAUUACCUCAUCUAUAGACCCAUGGACCUUCGCACGAUGGAGCUCAAGGCUUCCAACAACCAGUACCGCAGCCUCCAAGAGUUCCGUGCUGAUGCUGAGACAAUUGUUCACAAUGUCGUCAUUUACCAUGGAGUGCACAGUAGCCUAGCUGACACAGCAAGACAGAUGCUGCGGGACUGUAUCUAUGACUUACAGGAGAUACAGCAGUGCCGUGAUUGCUAUCGUGUCUCCAAUGAGAAGUCAGACAAACACUGGUUCUGUCAGCCAUGCCGCCCACCACAUCAGCUCGUGUAUGCCAAGCAGAAAGGUUUUCCAUACUGGCCAGCCAAGGUGAUCAGGAUAAGUGGGGAGCAGUAUGAUGUUAGGUUCUUUGGAGGACAUCACCAGCGUGCACUGAUUGAGAAGUCUCAUAUUCGCUCCAUAUCAGUCAACAUCCAGGCACUUCAGUUGAAGCGAACCUCCACUUUUAACAAGGCUUUUGAGGAAUUAAAACGCCACCAGGAUUUGUUGGAGAAAAUGCGCAACAAUGGACGUACUUAUCCUGACUCCAGCUCUGAAGAAGAAGAGGAGGAGGAGGAAGAAGAAGAUGAUGAUGUAGGAAAAGAAGAAGAAGAAGAAAAAGAGAGUGAGCCAGUGAAUCGGCCAUGUAAAUCAUCACGCCCCCAUAAAUCACAGGAGGCAGUGCGAGAGCACAAAAAGGUGAAGGUCCACAAAGAAAAGGCAGAGGAGGAAGCAGCAGCAAGUGAAGAAUUAGACGGAGGGGCAUCACCAGAAGAGGAAGAGGAAAGCUCCAUUUCAUCGACUAGCAAACCAGUCACAGACAUGACGAAGGAAGGGGUCUCCCAAGAAGACAUGGUGAGUUCAUCCUCUCAGGAGCCUCGUUCUCGUUCCAUUUCUGUGCAGACAUCACCUCGUCUCAUGAAAAAUGCAAAUAAAAGAUCAGCAGACAAACCAAGCACAGAUGUUAUUGACAAGUUACAAUGUGAAAUGGAGGCUGAGAAGCAGAGGGCAUUGCAAGAACUUCAGGAGCAGAUGCGGCUGGAGUUGCAGGAGCUGAAGGACAAGCACAAACAGACUAUUUCAGAGAUAAAGAAGAAACAGUGGUGCUACAACUGUGAAUGUGAGGCUAUCUACCACUGCUGCUGGAACACUGCAUACUGCAGCAUUGAGUGCCAGCAACUUCACUGGCAGAAAGAGCACAAGCGUGUCUGUCGUCGGAAGCGCUGAGGGAUGAAAGUACUCUAAAUGUAGGUGCCACAUGAACAGAAGUUGGAGGAAGGCAGUGAGCUCAGGAUUAAAUGUAUGUGUAAUAUGGAAUUAAUGCUGAAGUUAUCUUUUGUUGAAGGUUUUAUUUUUAGUUUGAUGCAAACUUAUGAUGGAGUGCAUAUAAUUGUUUCUGAGUUUGUAUGUACAGAUAUUCAGAAAAAGUGGUUAGCAACUACAGUCAGCCAUUCACUUCUUCAUUUAGCUUCAUGUACCAAUAGUCAAUACUAAUAGUUUGCCUCAUAAAACUCAAAACUUAAGUUUUUAAUAACGCAUGUAGGUACCACAGCUGACAGAUGACUAUUUUAAAACUCCAUGGCUCUGAUCUCUGCUACAUAGACAGUGACUAAGAAAUACACGAAGUUAUUUGCAGUUCUGUACACUUAUCUUGUCCAGUUGCAAGAAAAAGGAGCAUGUGAUUGAACAUACUGAUGGUACCUAGGAGGUCGUGAUAAUUUAUUUGCACUUCCUGGAUUGUUAUCUUGUUGAAGAUUGGUUGCACACUAAUUCACAGCUUGUUAAGCAGCCAUAAGUCUUGCGAGUGCUCGAGAUGCCUAGGCUCGGAAUUAUUUAGUGUUGUAUAGGCUCUGAAACAGACCUUUCUAUGCUUGGGGUAGUUGGUACACAUAUAUGUACCAUACCAUGCACUAAUAUACAGACGUAACAUUCAGUAGUUGAUCUUAAUUGAUUCUGAUUUUACUUCUCUAUGGGACAUGGUGGAAAAUUGCAAUACUUUCCAUUGAACAUUGCAUUUACUUUAUACCUGAUAUAUUCUUGACACUUGUUAGCUUAAACAUUUGAGUUGCUUCAGUUUGGUCAUCAUAUACAGUGAAACCUAUA